CUAAGAAGCGAGACUUAGACCAAUCAAAAUAAUUUCUUUCGCGAUUUCGGAAGGUCCUGGAGCGUCUCUGGUAACUGGCGUCUCAGGACCCACCCGACUAUAACAGAGAAAAUGACUGCCGGUUCAGUUUACGUUCCUCAGAUUAUCCCAUUAAGGGCUCCUUGUCCAGGAAAAAACAAACAUGAAAUAAACACCAAUACAUUUGUAGAAAUGAAAUCAGACACUCCAGAUGUCAUUAUAUAUUAUACCUUGGAUGGCAGCAAACCUGAAUUAUUAUUAAAGAGAAAAGGAUUUGGUGAAAAUAACACUUUUAAGUAUACCGGACCAAUCACUCUUCCUGAUGGAAAAAUACAGGUUAAAGCUAAGGCAGUCUCAAGAGACUGCAGGGAAAGUGGCAUCGUAACUAAGAUAUUUCAGGUAGACUAUGAGCCACCAAGUAUAACUUCUUUUCAAGAAGACAAUGAUGAAAAUAUUCACAAAAACUUUGAAAAGCAGGGAUUAAAAAAUGAAAAUUUGGCAUCAAAACUUGAAGAAAGAGAUAAAAAUAGUGAAAAUAAACCUGGUUGUAAUGCUGAAAUUAAAUGUCAAGAUAAUCCAAUGGAAAUCCCAUCUUGCAAAGAAGAAACAGUUUUUACACAACUCACUAAUCAUAAGCCCCAGUUUACUAAUUCAACAGGCAUGAAUAGCCAGAAAAAAUUGACCAGUGCCCAAGUCCUGAGACUUAACAAAGCAACAAACUUUUUCAAGUGUACGAAUUGUUUAACUACUCGCCCGUGUGACCCUUUCACUCGUUUCUGUCAAGAAUGUGGCACUCCUGUUCCACCUAUAUUUGGUCAACACCAUCCACCCCCAGAAGAAGCUGAGAUGGGCAUGUGCAGUGAAUGCAGAAGUAUCAUACCAGUGAAUGCUCCUUUAUGUAUUGUAUGUGAGGCCCCUCUUGAUCCACAGCUACAAUCCCAGGACAACGUUCGUUUAAAGCAUAAGGGAAUUUGCCUUUCCUGUGGAACUGGAAACCCUGCUCCCUUUAAGCAUUGUGUGACCUGUGAGAGUCCUCUGCCAGAAACACAUGUGCCAAUAUUCACUGAAGAAGUAACUUUACCUCUUGUCAAUCAGAAGGCAACAACCAUUUUUUGUUCAAAAUGUGGCCGUAAGAAUCGUUGUGAUGCACGUUUUUGUGACUGGUGUGGAGCUAAGCCUACUGUUCCUGCCUGCUAUUCAAUUUGUGCUAAAUGUAGAGCUAGCAGUUAUCCAAAUGCUCGGUACUGUGGCUCUUGUGGUGAAUAUUUGGAACCCUUCACAAACAUAGAAUCUAGUAAUGGUAAAGUAAUGGAGAGUCUUUCUGAGUCUCAAUCAACAUGGCCAUAUUCUCCCAAAACAAAAUCUAAUAUGCCAGAAAAGAAGGACAAAGGCACACAAACUAUUGGCCUAUUUUACCCAUCAAACAAGUUAUUUGUAAAAAAAGAAAUGGAUUUUCUUUCUCAAAAAGAAAGGCAGGAGAAGAGGAAUGAUCACAGGCCUCUGCUCACCGCCAUCAGUCCUGGAAGAGGAUAUUGGAGGAAACAGCUGGAUCACAUCUUUGCUCAUCUCAAAAGUUAUGCCCAGAACAACCCUAAUUUCAGGGCUUUAGUUGGAGAACCAAGAAUGGGAAAGCUUCUCUCAGCUACAAUCCAUGAAGACAAUUAUUCAGUCAGCAUUAGACUGAAUUACAUGCAAAUCACAAAGACUAUUUUUUCCAACAAGCCAAUAAAUUAUGAGCAGUAUUUUCCAAGCCCAACAACAGAAGGUCAAAAUGGACAUUAUGGUAGACAUUUCUAUACUGUCAAUGAAAACAACCAAAGCACUUCAGACUCUACAGGAGACAUAAAGAAUAUAAGGAAGAUAAGACCAUUUCAAAGAAAGGAAGACUUUCUUUCACCUGAAAGUAGACACCUACUGAAGGAAAUAAGUCUAAAAGGAGAUGGAAGAAGCUUUGUGGUUGAACAAAUGCUUGAUGAAGGAGCUGAUCCCAACUGCACCAAUAAUGAAGACAGACCUUCUUUAACUGUGGCUGUUUUAAAUAAGCACCAUGAAGCAAUACCAGUUCUUCUGCAAAAAGGUGCAGACAUUGACCACCAGUCAGGACCGCUGGGAAACACAGCUCUUCAUGAAGCAUGUCUGCUGGGGCCAGAAGGGAAGAAAUGCGUAGCAGCCCUAUUGAGAUAUAAUGCGAGUAUUCGAAAGAAAAAUGAAGAAGGAGAAUCAGCAUAUGAUUUAGCUCUGAAGAUGGGGAAUGAUGAAAUUAUCUCAUUAUUUGCUGCAAAACUUGAUCAAGGAAUCCUAAACCAACAUACCCAAUCUAAGAACCUCAGUCUCAAAGACUUUUGAUCCUAUUUCCUUACUCCUGAAUGCCAGUUUGACUUUAAUUAAAGAAAAUUGCUAACACACCACAUUCUCUACUAAUUUUGAAAAUUUUUCCAAAUACAUGCAAAGAAAGUUUUCAACAUUUACAUAUACAAAACGUUGUAUUCCAAAUUUUUCUCCCUCCAUCCAACCUCAUUCUAUAGACAGCAGGCAAUCCAAUAUAAUUUAAAUAUGUACAAUUAUUCUAAACAUAUUUCCAUAUUCUUCAUGCUGCACAAGAAAAAUCAGAUCAAAAAAUGACAGAAAAAAUGAGAAAAAACAAAAAAAAAGUGAAAAUACUAAGCUUUGAUCCACAUUCAGUCUUCAUAAUUCUCUUUCUGGAUGCAAAUGCCUCUUUCCAUAACAAGUCUAUUGGAUCAAUUUAUUUUUAAUUUAAUUUAAUAUCUUUUAGUUUUUAUUUAAUUUUUAAUUUAAGUAGGUUCAAUUUAGCCGGUUAGGACAUUGUAUGUUUAUGAGAAUUAUUAAGGAGAAUAGAACCAAGAUAAAAAGCCAUUCCCUAUUUAUUCCUUAUUGUAAUAAAUACAUCUAUACUUGCUUAUAAACCUGAAAAUUUUUUCUGUUAUAUUUAUAAACAAUUUAUGUCAGAUAUUUUUAUUUAACCUUUAGCUCUACAAAUCAUGUUUGAAUAAAUUAUUAUGUAGCAAUACACAA